CAAAGAAUCGUGUUAUCGAUCAAAAUGGGUCAGCAUUCUCUUCUUUAGUUGAAUCACACCACCAUUUUAUAUUUGACAAACACAGAGAUCAACAAGAAUUCACAUGAUUAAUUGUAAUGUUUACUGCAAAAAUCAACAAGUUCCGGUGACACAAGGGAAAACGUAAAAAAACGUCUUUAUGAAAAAUUGUUCGGCAAUCGUGAAGAAGACAUGAAGCCUCUGAAUGAUAAAUAUUCCACAAAUUCAAUGUGACCUGAAAGAAAAUAUCAUCGAGAAUAUUGAAGGAAAAUCUUAAAACCGAACAACAUCUUUCAUUGACACCGUCCAUUUCAUAUGACAAAGUGCACUCAAUAACUCAAUGUCAUUUUGAAUUUUAUUUCAACAGAUUCUGAAAAAAAUUCUCAUUAGAAUAUGCCAAUCAAUAUUUUGAAGAAGGAUUCAUUUUGCAAGCGAUUUAACAUCUAUUGGCCAUACAACAAGUGAACGAUUUAUCGUGAAGCAUGCGUGCAUUGCCAAAAUGUCAAAAGAGUCUGAAAACAAGAGUUUCGGAACAGUAACAACCAAAUGGGCUUGACAUCUUAAGAAAUUUGGCAAUUUUGGAGGAGCCGCUUUGAUUUUGUUUUUGUCGGGACAACGGGAAUUGACAUUCAACAUAUUGAAUAAGAUUACAGGGCCGCACAGAUCGAAGACAUCCUCAGCAAUUUAAUACAGCAGCUACAUCCAAUUAACUGAAGUAAAUCGCCAACAUUUUCAACACAAAAUGGCAAAUUCCGUAAAAUCUCGUAUCAUCGGAUGUAAUAACUAGUGAUAAAAUUUACAAAGGACCACAAUUGGUACUGUUUGUAUUUCCCAUCAUUAGUACAUCUUGUCAGUACCUUGUUACUGUUAGACUGUGAAAUAAUAACCGAUAAUACCACACUGAAUCCAAACAAUUUGUGGCUUCAUCAAUAAUUUGGUACCUUCUUUCUUACCUUCAAUUAAAUGUAGAAUAAUUAAAACGGCGAAAGCAAAUGUUUGCUUAUGUACAGAUAACUUUUUCAGUUUCAAAGAAAACGCGUAAACAAUCAAUUAACAGAAUAAACCCAUCAAAUUCACUACGUUAUUUAAUCUACUACUACAUCGUACGCUGGCAUUUUCGUCUGUCAAACAAGCAAUUUUGUUUUAAUAUAAACAGAACCUGAAUCUACCGAUAUUGAAACUUUUUCCAAAAUUUUCUUUGAGGAAUUGAAAAUAAAAUAAAAUGGUUGAACCAAGUACAUUUCCAGUAUUCAAAAAAGCAACACUCGAAGACAAUUCCAUUGGAAAUAAAAAGCGAGCAUGGAAAUCACUAAAACAGAUAUUAGCCACCGAACGAACACUGCAAUGGCCUGAAAGUGCUGUUACAUAUUCAUCAAUAAAUGCUCCGCCAUCAUUUUUACCAGCCAAAAAAUAUUCUGACAUCUCUGGCUUAAUCGCUCCGUAUACAGACUCACAGAGUAAACUACAUUUUCACAAUUCUGAAGAGUUUGUUACCGUCAGAAAUUUACCAAGCGAUCUUACGGCCGGUUAUUUGGCACUUAGAGGUUGUAGCAGCAUUGUUGGAUAGUUUUUUUUAUGUUUAUACAGCCGAUUUUCAUAUUAUAAUAUAAAAUUGCACUCGAAGCCAUAUUGGCAAACAACAAUAAAUGUAUGACCAUAGUUUUAAGUAAUUUUCAUCAAAUAAAUUUGGUAUUCGGUGUAAAUAACACAGAAUCUGUCAAAUAAAUAUUUCAAAUUGAAAACUUAUAA